AUUGUUGCAAUGAAGAAUACAAAUUAAAGGAAAACAAAAAAGGAACAUUAUGGCUACAUUCAGUGAGGAGCAAGAGGCUUUGGUAAAUAGUUCAUGGGAGGCAUUCAGCCAAAACAUUCCACAACUCAGCAUUAUUUUCUAUACCUCGAUAUUGGAGAAAGCACCUGAGGCAAAGGCCAUGUUCUCGUUUUUAAAAGACUCUGAUGGAGUACCGAAGGAUAAUCUUGAUCUGGAGGCUCAUUGUGAAAAGGUUUUCGAACUUACGCGCAACUCAGCCCUUCAACUAAGAGCAAAAGGAAAAGUAGAAGUGGAAAGAAUUGCUUUGAAGUUUUUGGGUUAUGUGCAUGCUCAAAGAAGAGUACUUGAUCCCCAUUUCCUGGUGCUUAAAGAAGCCCUGCUGAAAACGUUAAAGGAAGCAAUGGGAGAUAAAUGGAGCGAGGAAGUGAGCAAUGCUUGGGGAAUAGCCUAUGAUGAAUUGGCUGGGGUGAUUAAAAAGGGAAUGAGUUGAACUUAGGAUCUGCUCAAUAAACAAUUUGUAUUUCACUAAAACUUGUUAAACUGGUGAUGAAACUUUAAUUCACAUGGUUAAUGUUUUUAGCAAUUGAAAGGAUUAUGAUCCUGUUAUGAACAUCAGUUAUAAUAAGUUAAUGUAAACUAUUAAGUUAUUUUUAAGUUUAAUUUACAUGAUCUAAUUAUG